AUGGUACGCAAUAUCGUUCAGCCUUCUAAGUUGACUCGCGAUGAGUCGGCGCGUUUCGAUCUGGCUGCCUUGCCUCUAGAGUCGGCGCUUAAGGCUCCCUGGACUUUCCUCCAACCCACGGUAGAUCUUGAAAAUACCGCCCAAGCUUCAGUCUCUCUUUAUCUGGAUCCUCUGGCGCUCUCGAUCAGCAGCUCCCAAUGUGCCCGACAGCGAAAAGAUAGGAAGAGGAAACGGGCCAGUAAUGAUCAGAGCAUCGCGGGCCAUGCCCUGCAGUUGCGGCAGUUAUACGUUAAGGGAUUUACUCAUGAUCAAGUGUGGCAACAGGCCGCUCGAAUUUUCGAUUCCACUUUCAGUGAAAUCGAGCGUGAUCGCACCUGCUAUCUAGAGGUCGCAGAACAACGCUCUGCCGAACGGAAAAUCUCACCAGUACUAUUCUCCAAUCUCGCUUCCCAGUAUGCUUUGCCAGACUCUAUUGACUCUGUUGACCUGUCGCAAAGUGACAGUGGGGACUUGAGUUUAGACGGCACUGAUUCGGCGACGGCGAGUUCUCACUCGCCCUCAAAGUAUGGCUCUGAGGUUGAAGAAAAUGACGAUGGACAGUCAGGCGAAGAUUCUAUGCCACGCGAAGGCCAAGAUGAUCAGAGCAAUGGAGGGAUCUAUGUCGAAGAUGCCUUUGGCCUGAAUGACGGUUUUUUCUCUAUUGACGAAUUCAACAAGCAAUCCGAACAACUCGAAAGACAAGACGCCAGGGGUGAACCUGAUGACGGUGCGGAUAGUGACGAAGAAGAAAUCGACUGGCAUACAAAUCCAUUUGAUUUCGCUGAUCCUGCCGAUGAUGAGGGGCCGACUUUUGAUAAUAUGGAUAUAGAUGGUGGUUCAGAUUCCGAGGAAGACGAAAUACAUGUUGCUCCAGGAGCAACAAGUUGGGUCAACACCAGCGACAUCAAGUAUGAAGAUUUCUUUGCGCCACCUCCAAGGAAAGCUUCAAAGAAGAAGUCGCGUUUACUCCCUAAAACGCAGCCUUUCGAUAAUGUUUCCGAUGGUGAUAUUGACCGAGCCAUGGCCGAUGUUCGCCGAGAUCUGUUUGAAGAUGAGAUCUCAGAAGACGACGGAGACAUUUCUGGGGAUGAUCUCCCAUCCCAAAGCCACUAUUCUAGCCACGAAAAACAACGUGCCCGAAUCGCGGAUGAGAUCCGCCGCUUGGAGGCAGCCAAUGUCGCCAAGAAGGAGUGGAUGAUUAGUGGUGAAGCUCGAGCGAUCGAAAGACCUGUCAAUUCUCUCAUUGAAGAGGACCUCGACUUUGAGCGCAUAGGCAAGCCUGUUCCCGUUGUCACGGCUGAGUUGACAAGUAGUAUUGAGGAUUUGGUCAAGCAACGAAUUCUUGCAAAACAAUUUGAUGAAGUAAUACGCCGCCGUCCUGGACUUGUUGAAAAGACGCCCGCAGAACGAUCGAGGCUUGAGCUUGAGGAUACUAAGCCACAACAGAGUCUCGCUGAACUUUACGAGGCCGAUCAUCUACGAUCAACCGAUCCCAACUAUGUCGACCCCAAGAAUCAGAAGUUGUUGCGCGAGCAUUCCAACGUUACCACCCUUUGGGAGAGUAUAAGCUCUCAAUUGGAUACACUCUCUAAUUGGCAUUAUAAGCCUAAGGCCCCACACGCAACUAUCAACGUGGUUACUGAUGUCGCGACUAUCACCAUGGAAGACGCUCAGCCGACAACCAGCAGUGCGGUCAACGGGCCGGUAGCACUUGCUCCACAGGAGAUUUAUGCCCCUGGAGAUGAUGGCAAAGUGUCUGGGGAGGUGAAUCUGAGAAACGGGGUAUCAAUUGCCAGGGAAGAGAUGACCCGCGAACAGAAGGCCAGACUAAGGCGUGAGCGCAGAAAGCUGAAUCACGCAUCCACAAUGAGCAAGCAACAACCUGGAAAGGCGGCAGAGGCCCAGAAACUCAUGUCUGAUCUCAAGAGAGGUGGAGUCAAGAUUAUCGGGAAACAAGGUGAAGUUACUGAUAUUCAAGGCAAUAAAAUCGGGGAGGGUGCGAAGGACAAAAGCUAUGGAUUGAAAUUGUAG